UAUCUUUUUCUAUCUAAUUUUCUAAAAAAUUUUAUGAUUAAUAAAUUUAUAUUUCCUUAAUUUCGCAAGAUAUCUCGGUAUCUUACGACAAAAUAAAAGAGGAAAAAUGAUAUAUGUAUUACUUGCAUAGUUUAUAGUGAAUUAAUAAUAAUAAUGGAAGUGAACAGCAUCGACGAGGAAGACGAGGAUGUUGUGAUACAAGGUGGUGCUCUUCAUGAACAUUUGUCAAAAUUGGGUUAUAUUGACUUCGAGAGUAUGUCCAUGCCUAAGAGAACAUAUUUCGAAAAAAAACAUUAUUUAAAUAUUGAUAUUAGAAAUAUUGUGAAAAGGAUUUAUACAAAAUUAUUUUCUCUUUAUUCCUGGAUAACACAGGAAAAAAAUAUUUCUGAAAAACAGUUGAAAGUUAUUUUGAAUGCAGAUACUUUAUUAAACGAUCAUUUUUCUGUGAUUAACAGCUUUGUAACCAAGUGCAAUAAUAGAUCUAAAAAAAUAAUGUUGCAAGAAUUAAUUAUGACAGGAGUUGUAUUAGUCUCUUCAAUCUAUGUUUCACUGUACAGAUACAAGAUAGUAUCAGCAUUAUUUAUAUCAUCAAUUUGUUGCAUGGGUUAUAUAAAAUGUUUGCGUUUUUAUGCAAAUAGAAACUUAGAAAAUAUUAUAUUAUUACAAAAUGAACUUUUUGUCUUAUGUAAAGAAGGUCUUAAGAUUUUACAACGUGAUUAUAAAAUAAAAUUGGAUUCUGAAACAUGUCUUCAACAAUUUUCUCAUUUCUUAGGUGAAAAAUUACAAUACUUAGAAUCUCUGAGAGAUAUUUUAAUAAAAUUUAUGAAAAAUAUUUCCUGCACAUAUUAUGAAUGUUCACUAUCAAUUGCAAAAUUGCUACCACCGGACAUAUUUAAUGAAGAAUUAUUUACGAAAUUCGAGCAUAACUGGUUUAAAGAAUCUGGCGAAAUUAAUCACCAAGAAUUAAAAAAAUUGUAUCACACCUAUCUUUUAGUACAGUCAGAAAUGUUGUAUUUAUUAGCUAUUGCAUAUGACAGUGAUACUUGGAUAUAUUCCUGCCAGAAGAUUCCUGAAACAAAAUUAACGAAUAUAAUUUAUAUUUUACCUAAAAAAUUGGCAAUGUAUAAAGUUAAAUUAUCAGAAGUUAUUAACGCUUAUCGUACUUGCAAAAUAGAACCAGUUCGAUAUAAGACACGGGACAGAAUUAAGUGGCACGAUCCAACUGUCCAAUUAGAUUUGGCAUCAUAUAAACUGCAAUUGGCUUACAAUCAAAUUUUUUCAAUAUUUAAAAAUAUUGAUGAUUGUAUUAAUCAGGAAAAUGCUAUCGAUAAUGAAACAGCUGAUACAUUAAUGCAAAAGUUGGAUAAAGCAUUCAAGGAAAUUUACACAGCUAAAAAUUUAGCAGAAUUUGUUGUUAUGUUGAUAGCGAGAUCGCGAUUCAAUGAUUUGAGAAGCAGUCAAUCUACAGCUGAUAGUAUUGCAAUAAAUGAAAAUUCUGAUUUGCCAAUAAUCAUUGAUUCGGAUCCGGAGAUCCUUGAUGAGGUAUUUGAAGAGUAUAUAAAAGAAGAAUAUUUAAAUCCGUCAGAUGAAACUAUGGACGAAUAUUCGUUAGAGCAAAAAAAGCUGGAUAAGCUUCUAGCAAAAAGUUUCAUGAGCGAAUUGAAAGAAGCUUUAGUCGAUAAACAUAAGUCUAUGUCGGAACGAGAGUCUAGAGCGCUACAACGUCUACAUAAAGAUAUAUCAAAGAAUCUUGCAUCGAGUAUGGAAGACAAUGCAAAUAAGGACUAUCAGAUUAUACCUGUUCCACCACCAAUGCCUUCUUACAAAAUAUGGUCAACACCAUCGAGCGAUAUUGAUUCAGAUUACAGGAAAGUGACUUCUCCUAUUCGUAAGAUAGAAAAUAAUGAUUCGUCUAUUCAAGAAAAAUUCAACGAAUCAAAUGAAGAAAACAAUGUAAAUCCUGUAAAAGCGCUGAAACGUGAUAUUUAUAAUAUAUCAUUCAUCGAAGACUGCAACAAUCAAGAUGAAGAAUCUGUUACAUCCUUACCACAGAUUCUUCUUGAAACUCAAGCCACGCGAUUCGUCACAAAACUACCAUCAUCUUUUCUUCAAGAGGAAACGUUCAUAGGAAGCGGUGAGAAUUCUGAGGAUGAGAUCAUAAGUGACACAAGCGAUGAUGAGACAGACAAAAAAACUAUUAGUAAUAAAGAAAUCAUACAUUCGUGAUAUUUGACAUUGAUUAAUUUUCUCCUUUUUAUAUUUCAUAUCAUUUUUUUUUACAUGUUUUGAAUGACAUAUCAGCGAUAGCGAUGUGAAAUAUAUAUAGAUGCGCCAACAGACUUUGAUUUAUCUAAAAAUGGCUUGGAAGUUUUCUAAUUGAUUAUAAUCCAUUUUUAGAGGCACCUUUUAUUGAUAAAGAGGAUUCAGAAUAUGUCAAACGAAUGUAUGUCAUACAUUAAACAUUUAUAUUCCAUGUAACUUAA